AAGCAAAGGAAGCACCCCACCUUUAAUCUCCUUCACUAAAACUCACUGUAUUCCUCUUUGUCUGUAAAAAAAGAAAAAAAAUUCUCUUUUUUUCCUUCUCUCUCCUCUCUCCUUUUUGGCUCUCAACCCUACUAUAAGCUCCUUGUUUAGUGCUUGCUUCACUAGCCAAAACCUUCUGCAAAACUCUCUCUUUUGUUCUCUCCUCUUUGAUCUCCUUCUCCACCCAAUACUUGUUAAGCUAUUUUACUCCAAAUUCUCUGUUCUUUCUCUUCUUCCUAGCCAAAAACUAGUGUGCUUUCUUAAAACUCAUCAUGGAAGGUGUUUGAGUUCAGGAUUAUAUAUGAAACAGAGAUUCAUCUGGGUGAUUUCUUGAUCUUCUUUUCAUAUUCUUUAGCCCCCAUUUCUAUUUCGAGAGAAGAAAAAAGAAACAAAGAAGAGCUUUCUUAUUAUCCAUCCUCCUCCAUCUAUCAUUUUCUUUUAGGGAGUUGUUGAGUGUUGACUCUCUUUCUCUCUCUCACUUUCAAGAAAUAAAAUACAGAUGAAAAUGUGUGGAGACAGAAAGUUGUUCUUAUGCUUAUGUCGGUCUGCUCUCAUUGCCAGUUCCUGUCUACAGUAUUGCUGAAUUUGCUGCUUCUUUCUUUUUUCCUUCUAAGUUGACCCUUGAAGUAGAAUAUGAGAUGGAGGUCUAGGUAGUUGAUUACCCUUUUGUUUGCUUUCAAACUUUUUGAUCAAAAGGAUUGGCUCUUGUCUCAUACACACCUAUUCUCUCUCUCUCUCUCUCUCUCGGCUCAUCAAUUACCUUAAACAUAUCCCAAAGCUCCUCUUAGUUGCAAUUCCUUAGGUGGGCCAUUCAAUUUUUUUUUUUUUUUAAGAAAAACUCUAAAAAUCUUUUUUCUCAAGGGCUUGCAGGAUAGAAGAGUUUCUUGAAUAUCAUGUCAAGAAUUAUACAUAGGUGUAUAGUCCUCUACUGUGUUAAAAGAGUGCACAAUUGACCCCAAAAGAAAAAUCUUAGAAUUAUAAGAAAGAAAGACACUUUUAAUUCUAAUCAUUUAAGCCUCCUAUUUCUCCUCUUGUCUUGUUCUCUCUUUUGGUCUCCAAACAAACAAGCAAGACACAUAACAAAUAAUAGCCUAAAAGCAGAGAGAAGUAAAUGGAACUUUCAAGUCAUGAAGGGGAGAUCCCCAUUCCUAUAAACAGUAGUUAUGGUGGGGUACAUGGACAUGGGCAUGGGCACAUGAUUCAUCAUGAUCAUCCUGCACCUCACAACCACAUCAUCCCUUCCUCAGCUCCCCAAAUGCCCUCCAACAAUGGCCCCUCCUCCAUACCCUCAUCCCUGGAGGACCACCAUGCUUCCUUCAAGAAAAUGGUGAGGUACAGAGAAUGCCUCAAGAACCAUGCAGCUGCUAUGGGAGGCAAUGCCACUGAUGGGUGUGGUGAGUUCAUGCCUAGUGGCGAAGAGGGUAGCAUUGAAGCUCUCACAUGCUCAGCCUGCAAUUGUCAUAGAAACUUCCACAGGAAAGAGAUAGAAGGUGAAGCCACUUCCUGUGAUUACUACCAUGGCAACCCACAUUUCAGCAGGGUUGGAAGGAAAGUCAUUUUAGGCCAUCACAAGAACAUUUUACCCCCUGAAGCUUUAGGGUACCCUACAGCUGCAGGAACCUUUGUGCCCUCAAGAGCAGCAGCAGCACCCCACCACCAGAUGAUAAUGUCUUACAACAUGGGUUCCCUCCCGUCAGAGUCUGAUGAGCAAGAAGAUGGAGGGGUAAUGAUGGCCAGGCGUGCACAACUUGUGAAGAAAAGGUUCAGGACAAAGUUCACACAGGAACAGAAGGAGAAAAUGCUCAACUUUGCAGAGAAAGUUGGGUGGAAGAUACAAAAGCAAGAAGAAGCUGUGGUGCAACAGUUCUGCCAAGAGAUUGGAGUCAAGAGAAGAGUCCUCAAGGUUUGGAUGCACAACAACAAGCAUAAUCUUGCCAAGAAGAACUCUUCUCUUCCUCCCACUGCUACUACUACUUAAUUAACAAGAUUAUCAACUCAAAAAACUGCAUUCUCUCCCUCUUAUUACUUUGUGUUUUAGCUCUACUUAAUUAUUAUUAGCUGAAAGUAUUUUGCUUUUUUCUUUACAGUCUUUUUCAUAUUAUUAUAUCCUUCGUUUUGGGUAUGUUUAAAUUAAGUUCUCUUAAUAUCUAAAUAAAAUUGGUGGUGCAUGUAAUCUAAGUUUAGGGAAACUGGGUUUGGUAGAGUUCAUUUUCAUCAGUUAUGGGUGAUCAUGUUUUUGUCCAAUCCAUUUUGGCAUAGAAAUGGAUUUGGAUUGCAGCAAUUUAGUCCAUUGAAGAGCAUAUUAUUGUUUAAU